AUGAAGGCAACUUUCUGGGCUGCCGUACCUUCUCGUGCCCUCCUCAUUCUUGCUCUCUUCGCCCAGCCAGAACUCCUAACACGAUUCAUACUUUUCAUAAAGACUGAUGACAGCAAUAACGCUUCUGGAUAUGGCUUUGUGGGAGCAUUUGCAUUAAUGUAUGGUGCAGCAGCUCUCUUGAAUGCUCAUUAUUCGCAUUGCUGUGAUAGGCUCGCGCUUCAGACUCGAGCUCUUCUAAUUGACAGAAUUUAUGAGCGUCUCCUGUUCAACAAGCACUCGGAGAGUGAAACAAUAGCAGUCACGAGCUUGAUAUCGGUAGAUGUAGAGGCGGGCGUGAAAGGCAUUCAAGGCUUCCAUGAGAUCUGGGCAACCUUGACAACAACAUUAGUAGCAGUGUGGCUUCUGUACCGACAAAUUGGCAUUGCAUGCAUUGCACCAAUUUUGUGUAUGGCAGCUGGUGCAUCCCCUCAAUGCGCUAUUUUGGCUUCGUACGGCAUCUUCGCGGUUGGGGCAGCAUAUAGAGGCGUCGCUCUCAAUGCGACUCGCCUGGUCAGCUCUCUUGCCUUGCUGACUAUAAUGUCGGAACCAAUUUCUUUUCUCCUCAGCGCAAUACCAACCUUUACCUCUGCUCUUAUCUGUCUACAUCGUAUAGAAUUGUUUCUGAAGUCUUCCCACGGAUCUAUGGAAACUAGCAUGAUUUCGGAUGGCCUUACAUCAUCCAUAUCUCAUGAUUUACAGGCUAUAGGCUCGGGCUACAGCACGAAGGAGAAAAGUAUAGACCCUGUGGUAGUCAUUAGGCAUGGCGCAUUUGGGUGGUCCGGAAAACCUCGUUAUCUGGAGGAUAUUUCCUUAGAGAUAUGUGCGUCGCAAGUCAACAUGAUUAUUGGACCUGUAGGGUCUGGAAAGUCAACGCUUCUAUACUCUAUAUUAGGGGAGACAUACAAGUUCCGGGGUCUCUUGAAGACACAGGAUAAUGCUAGAAUAGGUUUUUGCGCCCAGUCUCCAUGGCUCGUCAACGACACUAUCCAGUCCAACAUCCUCGGGGAAUCCAAUUUUGAUGUAAAUUGGUACGAAACAGUGAUAGAAGCAUGCGCCCUGUUAUUAGACUUCUCUACGAUGCCGAAGGCCGAUCAAACGGUGGUUGGGACAAAAGCUGCGAGUCUAAGUGGAGGUCAAAAGCAAAGAAUCUCUUUGGCUCGAGCUAUCUACUCUCGAGCUGAAGUUUUACUUCUUGACGAUGUGUUUAGCGGGCUAGACAAUACAACUAAGAGCCACGUAUUCAAUCGUCUUCUGGGCUCGCGCGGACUUUUGAGGAAUGGCAUAAGUGUGUUGCACUACGCGACAAAUGUCACUAUCAUGGAAAACGGGGCUAUCACAGCUCGAGGUGGGUACCAGCAACUGAGGUCGAGAUUGGAAUCUCUGGAAGCAAGUUUGACACCCGAAAAUCGACGCUCAGAUUGCGUGAUCAACUCAUCAGACCGAGGCCAACAUGAUGACGUUUCAGUGGAGUCAAGGACAGAAACUCCUAAUUUUCCUUCCAACUUAGAGAAGCACGGGUCAUCUCAGACUAUUCCCACUACUAUAUCGAACUCGGUCCGGUUGUACAAGUACUAUGUGAACUCCUUGGGAUUCAAGCAGUCCAUUUUUUCAAUGCUUCUUUUGAUAAUACUUUGGGUGGAGCGCGUUUACUCCAAUAUUUGGCUACAGCAGUGGGCCUCAGCUAACAACAACGCUCAGCUUGGCCGGUACAUUGGUUUCUACGCUUUUCUUGUUAUUUCAAACAUUGUGGUCUUAUAUUUCGUUCUCGUGGCACCACUGUCUAUGUUCAAUUUGGUUGAUGCUGGAGUACUUGUUAAUAGAUUCGUCGAAGACAUCAACACGGUCGAUAAUGACCUACCCAAAGCAAUUUUAAACACAGUUUCCACUGCAAUUGGCGUAUGCGGUCAAAUCUUUAUCGUCAUUCUAGCUAUGCCAGCUAUGACAUGGACAGUUCCACCAAUAUUUGCCCUCACGUGGGCCAUUCAACGCUUCUAUUUGAACACGUCAUCGCAACUGCGAGUAGCCAGUAUUGAAGCCAAAGCUCCUCUGCUCACUCAUUUCCUCGAAACAACCCAAGGGCUCGUCACAGUGAGGGCAUUCGGCUGGCAAGUCAGCUACUCUAAUAAACAUAUUGAGCGGCUUGAAAAAUCCCAGGAAAGUACAUAUCUUCUUUAUUCCCUUCAAGUGUGGCUAAAGUUUAUUAUGGAUUUGGUCGUUAUGGGAAUUGCUGUUCUUCUUGUUACAUUGUCAAUACAUAUGAAGGGAUAUGUGUCUGAGGGGAUUUUGGGCUUGGCGUUGGUUAAGUUGAUAACCUUGGGCAAAGAGUCAAAAUAUUUUGUGACGCAGUGGACACUUCUUGAACAAUCAAUGUUCUCCAUUUCUCGGAUCUUUGAUUUCAUUGGGAGAACUGCUUCAGAGGAGACCGGAAACGAUAUUCUUCCGACGACUGGUUGGCCCCAUGAUGGUUCAGUAGAAUUUCAGAAUGUGUCUGCACAUUACAAGUUCGUCCAUUCACUUUCCCAAGCCCCAAUCCUCCCUACUAAAAUGUCUAGUGAUCCUUCCCAGCGAUGUCUCCAUAAUAUCAACCUCACGAUACCGCAUGGUGAACGAGUUGCGAUUUGUGGGAGAACCGGCAGCGGCAAGACCUCUUUAAUUAGUAGUCUCCUCCAUACACUUUCAGUAUCCUCCGGUGAUAUCCACUUGUCAUCCGUACCACUCUCCACACUGUCCCCUGACAUAACCCGUUCAUACAUCAAUGUGCUUCCACAAGAACCGUUAUUCGUCAUUGGAUCAGUCCGGCAUAACAUGACUCUCUGGUCAACCGAUAUUUCCGACAAGGAUAUUAUCAGGGUUCUACAGCGAGUCAACCUAUGGGACAAUAUCGAAUCUCUGGGAGGACUGAACAUGAAAUUGGAUUCGGAUAGAAUGUUAAGUCAAGGACAAGCUCAACUGUUCUGUCUCGCUAGAGCAAUGUUGAAGAAGAGGAGCAUAUUGAUCUUAGAUGAGGCUACGAGCAGCGUCGAUCGAGAUUCGGAGACUAUAAUGCAGAACAUUAUAAGGGACGAUUUUGAGAGCACGACGGUCAUUGCGGUGGUGCAUCGGUUGAGGAGUAUAGUGGAUUUUGAUCGAGUUGUCGUGAUGGAUAAAGGAGCGAUAGUGGAGUGUGGAAAGCCAAGGGAGCUGUUAAAGAACCAGAAAAGCAAGUUUAAGUUAAUGUGGGAUCAAUCGGAGUCCGGUCUAUCAAGAUAG